AUGAUAUCUCUUAGGAAACUUCCUCUAUUCAUCUUUGUUGUAUACUCCUGGCAAUGUUCUGACCACUACGUAAUUACACUUGGUACACUAUGGAGUGGCGAGUUAGGAACUAAGCGAAGUGACAACACGACUACGAUGCGUAUUAGUCGAUCAUUAAUGGGGGAAAUGGACAUAGGAACACACCAGCAGGACAGGAACGGCUCUUUCCGAAAGGAAAAAUUAAUGCGCUCUGUGUAUGGUAAUAAUUAUCAUGGUGGUGGCUAUCUUGGUCGUCAUCACCCUUAUUACGAUAAUUCCAUGGACAGCUUAAUAACUAACAGUUCUAUGGAUAGCACUUCUAUGGGCAGUUGCAGUUCUUUAUUUACUGGCAAUAGCACUUUUACGGACAGUUCCAUGAACAACUUAAUAACGGACCGUUCCAUGGAUAGCGUAACUGACCGUUCCAUGGAAAGCUUAACUGACAAUUCCAUGGAAAGUCCAUUUGACCGUUGCAUGGGCAGUUUAACUGACCGUUCCAUGGACAGCAUAACUGACAAUUCCAUGGAAAGUCCAUUUGACCGUUCCAUAGAAAGUCUCUUUCCCAAAAGGAGAGAUUUUCAUGGUGAUUAUCCAACACCGUUCGUAAGAAUGAAGCACGGUGGAAGGCGCAGGGGGCAAAUACCUGCGUUCAGUGGAAGGACACGUCCCUUCCGAAAUAGGAAGGUACAUAGGUACCUUCGUGCGAUUUUCGAAGUACCUAUACUCCUAUUUAUUAAUAUUUUUGCAUGUUGUUUAUUACUCUCCAUUCCCAUAUUAUUAUUAUUAGUAUUUUAG